GGCGGGGCGGUUCCUGGCCCUGGCGGUGCUGCACGGGCGGCCCCUGCCGGUGACGCUGGGCGGCGCGCUGCGCCGGCACCUGCUGCGGGAGCGGGUGGCCCCGGAGGACGUGCGCGAGCUGGACCCCGACUUCUUCCGCCACCGCGUCCUCGAGGUGCUGCGCGACGGCGGGGUGUCCGCCCAGGCGCAGGCGCUCGGCGAGCGCCUCGUGUUCACGGCCGCGCCCACCGAGCCAGCGGGCGGCCUCGAGGAGCUGCUGCCGGGCGGCGCCCGGCGCCCCGUCACGGAGGAGAACAAGGCGGAGUACGUGCGGCUCCUCUGCGAGGCGCGCGUCUGCAACGGAGCCCGCGUGGAGACCCGCAGCUUCCUGGAGGGCUUCUGGGACCUGCUGCCCCUGCAGCUGCUGCGGGAACACGGCGUGACACCGCAGGAGCUCUCCGUGCUCAUCUCGGGCGACAGCACAGGACCAGACCCUCACGAGUGGCAGCAGCACAGCCGAGGCUGCGUCGACGCGGAGAUGCAGGAGGUGGUCGGCUGGUUCUGGGAGGCCGUGGGCGGCGAGCUGACCCCGGAGCAGCGCGGGCUGCUGCUCCGCUUCGCGACCGGCUCCAGCCGCCCCCCGCCGGGGGGCCUCGCGGAGCUGCGGCCGCCGUUCUCGGUGGAGGUGUCGAGAUUGGGCUCCGCAGAGCACCUUCCGCAGGCGCACACUUGCAUCAACAAGAUCGUGCUCCAUCGCUACGCGUCCAAAGAGCAGCUCGUUGAGAAGCUGUUGAUGGCUGUGACCACUGCGGAUGGCUUCUCCACGGCCUGACCCGCUCUAGCGCUCUCUUUGUGGCGCUUCUCCCGUGCCCGUCCUCGUUGCACUGCUCCUGCUCUUGCCCGUGUGUCAACCUCGCGCCAGCAGGUCAGAGCCCCGAAUCAUCAGGGCUGACUCGGGUCAGGGCUAACUCGGGUCCCUUUUUUCGGGAACCUGAACCCGAGUUGCCCCGGACCCGAGUUACCCCGGAUAACUCGGGCGUCCAAGCUGCUCUUGCCCGUGUGUCAACUUCGUUGCCUCCUAAUGUCAACCUCGCGCCAGCAGGCUUGAGCUGACCAGCGCCGCCGCUGCGAAUCCCUCGGCCUGUCGGCGUGAGGCGCCCGGGCGGGAAGGCGGAGGGGGGCCCGAUGCCUCUCGGGAGGCGGCGCGGCCUCCCGGCAGGCCACGCGCGGCUCGGCAGAAGGCGCGAGGUCACCUCCUCCUCCUCCUCCUCCUCCU